UGUGGGAGAGCAAGAGCACUGUGAGAACCAAUUGCUGCCCGUGAGAGGGAGAGGGGGGGAAAAAGUGAUGUAAACAACAGCUGCCACGCUGGGAAUUAAAGGUCCUGGGUGCACAGGGGCUGGGUGGCAGCACAGCUCCCACAGGCUGCUGGCCCUCACCUGCAGGAGCACCAAAAUCCCUGCAAAGGCAGGGAAAGGAGGAGGCAGAGGAAGGGGGAGGUUGGAUCGUUCCAGGCCAACGCACCUGCUGGAGCAAAGCAAACCUCUGAAUCACCAAAGGUGUGUGAGGAGCAGAAGUGUGAGGAAGAGGUUUUCCCCCUGGCCAUGAAUUACGUGGAUCGGUUCCUGUCGUCGGUGCCCGUGCAGAAGAACCACCUGCAGCUCCUGGGGGCUGUGUGCAUGCUGCUGGCCUCCAAACUGAGAGAAACCAUGCCCCUGACCGUGGAGAAACUCUGCAUUUACACAGACAACUCCAUCACACCUCAGCAGCUCCUGCACUGGGAGCUUCUGGUCCUGGAGAAGCUAAAGUGGGACCUGGUCUCAGUGAUAGCCAACGAUUUCCUGCCCCACAUCCUCCACCGCCUCCCGCUGCCCGUGGACAACGUGGAGCUGGUGAAGAAACACGCCCAGACAUUCAUCGCCCUGUGUGCCACAGACUGCACGUUUGUGAUGUACCCCCCGUCCAUGAUCGCCACGGGCAGCAUUGGAGCCGCCAUCCACGGGCUGACCAUCUCCGUGAGCGGCUUCGGCGGCGAGGCCAUGACGGAGCUGCUGGCCGGGAUCACAGGCACUGACGUGGACUGCCUGAAGGCCUGUCAGGAGCAGAUCGAGGCAGCUCUAGCCGAGAGCCUGAAGCAGGCGUCGCAGUCACAGCAGGAUUUCAGCGCCAAGGCGGCGGCGUACGGGGGCAGCCAGCCCACCAGCACCCCCACGGACGUCACCGACGUCAACCUGUGACCAGCCCCCGUCCCCGAGAGCCGCCCCUCGCCCUGGGCACCCCCAGCUCGCUGCAUC